CCCGCCGGCCACGCCCCUGGGGCGUGGCCGCUGCCCGGCGGCACCAUGCGGAAAGGUUCACGCCGGGCCCGGGCUGGCGGGCCCGAUCCGGGCCCCGCGCCGUCCCGGCGCCGCCUCGCGCUGCUGCUGCCGCUGGCACUGGCGCUGGGGCUGGCGGGGCUCGCGCUGCUCUGGGCGCCCGGCGGGGACCCGCACCGGGACCGCCCGCUGCCGCCCGCCGCCCCGCCGGCCCCGGCCCCGCGGAGCGUGCCCAGCGCAGAGCUGCGGCGCGUGGCCGCCCUCGUGGACCUGCAGCGCCUCUGGACGGACUUCCUGAUGCCAAUGCUGGUGGAGCGCACCCCGGGCAGCCCCGGCAGCCGGCGCGUGCGGCAGCACAUUGUGGACAGCCUGCGGGCGCGGGCGGCCGGGUGGCACGUGGAGCUGGACGCUUUUGAGGCGCGCACGCCGCGCGGCCGCCUGCCCUUCACCAACGUGGUGGCCACGCUGGACGCAGGCGCGGGGCAGCGCCUGGCCCUGGCCUGCCACUACGACUCCAAGGUGCUGGCGCCGGACGCCCGCGGCCGCCGCUUCGUGGGCGCCACCGACUCGGCGCUGCCCUGCGCCCUCCUGCUGGAGCUGGCGGCCGCCCUGGACCGGGACCUGCAGCGCAGCAAGGAGCAGGGUGCGGGGGUGACGCUGCAGCUGCUGUUCCUGGACGGCGAGGAGGCCUUCGGGGCCUGGAGCGACAGCGACUCGCUCUACGGCGCCCGGCACCUGGCGCAGCACAUGGCCACGGCCCCGCUGCGCCCCGGCGCCCGCACCACCCAGCUGCAGGCCAUUACCCUCUUUGUGCUGCUGGACCUGCUGGGCGCCCCCGAGCCCUCCAUCCACAGCCACUUCGCCCAGACGGCCGCCUGGUUCGAGCGCCUCGUGGCCGCCGAGAAGCGGCUGCACCGCCUGGGGCUGCUGCGCGCCCACCCGCGGGAGCAGCUCUACUUCCUGCCCGGCGCGCCCCACGGGCCCGUGGAGGACGACCACGUCCCCUUCCUGCGCCGAGGCGUGCCCGUGCUGCACCUCGUGCCCACGCCCUUCCCCGCCGUCUGGCACACGCUCGAGGACACGGCCGACAACCUGCACCCGCCCACGGUGGAGAACCUGGCCCGCAUCCUCGCCGCCUUCCUGGCCGAGUACCUGCGCCUCUGACCCGCACGGCACGGCCCGGCACGGCCCGCGGGGCUCAGCCGGGCCCGGAGCCCCGCUGCGACCCGGCCCCGGGCGGUGUCCGCGGCGGCAGACACG